GAAAAGGGCAGGGAAACACACAGAUUACCUCUGAGGAAUGCGCUGCUGCAAAGUCCAACGCUCUGCUGCUUGAGCGAGGGUGACACCGGGUGAGAGAUGGAGAGAGGGGAAGGUCAGGACACAAGCAGGGGUCUGUCUAAUCUGGCCCUCCUCCUCCUCCUCAUCCCCCAUCCUGUUUACCUGCUUGUGGGAUUUGAAAGGCUCUCUGUGUGUGUGUGUUCAUGUGUGAGACAGGGGGGUAGGGAGUGUAGAAAAAGGGGCUGCCAUCAGUGCACCUCCUUCUUAAAGACGGCAAACAGACAAAAGGGAGCAAAAAGCCCUCAAGACGUUCACUGAGCGUAAAAUAAGGCCGUUGGAUAACUGGGUGCGUUCACAUACAGACAUGCCUUGCAAACUCUGGCUCGCUCUUUCGGUGUGGCUUCUGCUGCCAACCUCUGAAGCUGGGAGGCAGAUGCCAAAACUUUCUGACAAGAAACUCUGCGCCGACUCCGAAUGCAGUCAUCCUAUCUUGAUAGCUCGUGCGCUGCAGGACUACUACCCAGGAGACUGCAGGUUCAUCCCCAUCAGACAGGGGCAGCUCAUCUAUGUGUAUGCAAUGCUUAAGGACAGAGGGAACCUCUUCUGGGCUGGCAGUGUACAAGACUCCUAUUACGGACAGCAGGAGGCUCGCAUUGGCCACUUCCCCAGCAGCGUAGUGGAGGAGACUCAUCCUCUCAUGCCAGCCAACACUGAAGUCAAGACUACUAAAUGGGACUUCUACUGUAACUGAUGUUGCCUCGACCAAUAAAGAGAACGACAUUCUUGUCUAAGACAUCAGAGAAGCCAAUCUUACACACAUUGCUGACAACAUAUAUGUAGGUUUGCUUAUCCACACUGUUGAUAAUCUGCACUUUAGAAGAUAAGGACGACAGCUCUGCACAGCAACAUAUGAUUAUAAAUUGUAACCAGAUUUUAAAGUGCUGAAGGAAGGACCAUUGUUGCUUAACACCCUACAUUUGACUUGUGUCUGUUUUAUUCUCUGUACUACUUCAUCAUACUGUUUGUUUAGCAGAAAGGUGACAUAAUGUUUUUUAAAAAGAGACAAAUGUGAACUACGCAUGCCUUUACUCCGAUCAAGCAAUUUGUACAAUAGCAGCUACUCCUUUUUCUUGGUGAGAAAUGUAUGCAAGUCAGCUGUUCCUUUCAUUUGUGGUGUAUAGAAAUCGUCACCUUUAUUAAAAUAUAACUAAAAGCAAACCUGGCAGCAAUAAAACAGAGGCUUUUAAUCAUAAUAACUUGAUGGAAGGUUAUUUUGUGUCGAUACAAAGCUGUCCCAAUCAACCCCACUCUCCCCUACAGGUGACUUCUGCAGUAGGGUCUAAUUCAAUAUUUUACAAAUCUUCUAAUCUUGCACUGUCUUUCUUUCUUUCUUUCUUUCUUUCUUUCUUUCUUAUUGACACUGAUAUAAAGCACCUGGAUCUAUUUUUGAAAGAAUGAUUAUCAUGCUCAAACCUCCAUGCGUAAUAUGUGAUGGUUGUUGUCUUAAGUCAAAGACAAAAGGAUGAUUCAUCAGUGUCUUCCCAGGUGUAGUGCGUGUUGUUAUGUGAAGUUCUCUUGAAAUCAGAAACACUUCAGACAUAAAAAAAAAGAAC